AUGGAAAGCAGACGAGCAGGAUUUCAGAUGAGCGACACUGACUCCAGUGAUUCUGAGCAGUUACCCGUCUUCGAUUUCUCCCAGAAGAAAAGUACAGAAAAACCAAAAUCAAGCCCGGUGGAUUCAGACACAUUAGGUUCUGAUAUGACUCCUCUAGUCAUACCUAAUGCCAGUUGUCCUGCUAGAGGUGACGUCUAUAUGGUCAGCAGUGACAGUGAAGAGGAAGAGGUGUUUGUUCCUCUGGCUUUAAGACUUAAACAGAAACCGAAUGGACUGCCCAGUCAAAUAGGCACACACGAGGUUCGGGUGUCUGUAAAUGGUAACGGAAACUUUAAUAUCCAUUCAGUACCUGCUGCAGCUCACCGUGUUUUAACAAACUUUCAUCCAGAUACAGAUGCAAUAAGUCAUCACAGUACAAGUUAUGGUCCCUCUCGCUCUGUAAAAGAGCCUGUAGCAGUUACAGAGAAGUGUAAGCGAACCCCAGCGGAGAUUGGGAAUAGCAGAGAAGAGGCCCUGCGAAGAAAAGCUGAACGAGAGAAGCAGCAGGUUGAGAAAGAGCGAAUAACAGCAGAGAAAAAAGUGCUGGUGGACACAGUAAAGGCCAUGAGACCAGAGGAAUGCCUUAAACACAUGGUGGUAAUGGUUGAUCCAGGUCUGCUGCAGAUGGAGGGUGGUGGAGAGCUCCUGACUUCUUUGCAUGCUAUGGGUUGCAGCUGCGCCAUUGAAAAACAGCCUCUGCCACGCAGUGUGUGCUGGAUUAGACGCACGCCUUGUCCUCAGACUGGAGAACUCCUAUCAAUUCCAGACUCCCACAUUCUGAUCCAGGUACCAGUGGAUGACUUUAUUAACAUGGUCCAUUGUUCCACACAGGAACAAAAAGGUGGAGAAAGAAAGGAAUGUGGAAUUUCACUGACUGCUUGGAUUCAUCGCCUGAUGUCCAGAAACUCUGACAGGACUCUCAGUCUCGUAGUAGUUGACAUCGAGAAGUAUUUUAAGAGUCAGAAUUCUAAGAGUAAUCAGAAGUUUCGAGACAGGGUGCUAAACGUGGCACCCCAAGGAGGAAUAAAAAAGAAAAAGAAGAAUGAGGUGGAGCUGCUACCUGAAGUCUCUCGAGUAGAAAUGGAAGAGGCUUUAGUUGACCUACAGCUGCACACAGGGGUUCAGGUCCAUUUUCACUCAACCUGGAAGGACUUCACUAAUUACGUUACUAUGUCAACCAAGGCUGUAGCUGAAGCUCCAUUCAAGCGUGACCGGGAGAAGACAGGUUUUAGCUUUUGUCUGGAUGGUGAAUGGGCAGGUGGCCAGAAAGUGGAGCGUACAGGAAAAGGUUUGCUGCAGGUAUGGAAGAGGCAAAUCCAGCAGUUAAAUCGGGUCAGUGCAGACAUGGCUACGGCUAUACUCAGCAGAUACCCAUCUCCUCAGCUUCUUACCCAGGCAUACAAGCUGUGUAAAUCUGAACGUGAGAAAGUUGCUCUGCUGUCAGACUUGCUGAUUCGUCGUGGGGAGGGAGUGACCUCAACUACACGAAGGAUUGGCCCAGAGCUUUCUAAAAGAGUCUUCUUGUUAAUGAACUCAUCCGACCCCCAGCAGACUAUUGAUUCUAUUGUGUAAAUAUAUGUGUAUAAAACCCUGGAUUUUAUGGUUAUAGGCAUUCAGAUUUUGGAAAAACAAAAAACACAGCGAGGCAUAACAAGCAACAACACUUGACUGGUGCAGUGGUCUAUUAUGAGAUCCAGACAUCUGACCAGCUAUUACAACAACCACUCCUCUGAGAAGGCUGAGUCAAGUCUCUGUGCUGGCCAUUGGAGUUUCUAUAAACCAGACUGUUUGUGUCUUUAUAGAUCUAGCUUUGUGCACAGUAGCACAAUAAUGCUGGAACAGGAAAGGGCAUUCUCUAAACUGUUGCUGUAAAGUCAUAUAAUUCCCUUUAUAUCAUUAAUUUAUUUGACCGGUUAGCAAUUGUUAUUGGCUAAAACAUAACUGUAUCUCUGAAACAGCAACAGGAUAAACGUCUAAAUAGGGACAAGUUGUGAACCUGUAAGUGAGUCGUAAGGUGGAUAGGGUGAAUGUGUCACAACACAGUGCAUUGUAACAUCAGUGUAUAAGCCUGCCUAGGCAAAGACAGUCGAAGUGUCUGUUCUCACUUAGUCUAAAGCACCUACAAUGGGCUGCAGGCAUCAGAACCGAACAUUGGUGCACAGAAAGAAGGUGGAGUGGUCUAAGGUACCUCAUUGUUCUUCCACGAUUGUGUAGACAGCCGGGCACAUGUUCAGAUUUUAAACAAAGUUAGUACAGUAGUUUGCAAUCAAAUACAAUUAAUAUGCUAAUCAAGGGUCUUUUCAACAACACUGAGUAGUACAGUUCUACCUUAACAUGGGACCAUGCAGCAAAAUAUCAGAAUCAUUUCUGUUAACAGGAUAAAAUGACAGAUCAAUAUGUGCAAACGUUAAUUUAAAAUGCAGCCAGUUUCCCAGCGGUUCCAUAUUAAUGAAUUUUAGUUUUUGUGUUGAUUACGUAUUUUAGUUUCCAUCUUUAUGAUUAAAAUCAUUCAAAUGCAUUUCCUAUUCGUUUGACUGCAGGCAUGCAAUGUUUGAUGCUGAUGGAUGUAAUAUUUGCAGAGCUGCUCUGAUUGAUUAAAAAAUGAUUUAAAUCAAACAACAUUUUUUCGACAGGUGGCAUUUAUUGAACAAUGACUUAUUAAUAAUGUUUCUAAUUCAGAUAUAAAAGUAACACAAAAAAUGUAAACAUGUAAAAUGCAAAUUCUUUUCAAUUCAUUUUCUUUAUCCUGAUUAGGGUCGCAGUAGGUCUGAUUUUCCAGAAAUCACUAGGCACAAUGCAGUAACAUGACGCAAAUCUAUCGCAGGACCUCAGCCAUUUUCCCUCCAGACACAUAGCCAAUCAUGUUUGUAUGUAGAUGCCCAACCCGCCAGAAACACCGCUGGGGAGCCGCACCCUGGAUGCCAGCAGUAGUGCUAACGUAAUUUAUUGCGCCAAUGCUAAUAUUUACAUAUGAAAUACCUACUAUAGCUGUUUUUCCUCAAUGUUUCUGACAGCAAAAAAAACAAAACUGAAACAGUGUGUGAGACAUGAAUAUGUGGAAUAUGUUUCAGUUGAAAAGAUGUAAUUGCAAGCCAGGUCUUUUUGUCCAGCAAUUGGACCUGACCUCAGAAAGGGAAAAAAAUACACACACACACACAUACACAAAGUAUUGUUAUAGACAGAAGUGGCGGUGGGUAGGAGAGAGGGACCUAUUUGAAAGCCCAUAGUUUUGGAAUGGGGUGUCUUACAAGUGUGGGCUUUCAGGUAGUGCAGUUGUAAACUAUCCAGGGUUUGAAUCUCCAGUGGUGCUAUCGGCCCCGUGAUGGACUGGCAUCCUGUCUGGCGUGUAAUACUGCAUUGCACACAGUGAUUCCAGGAGAUAUCAGAUCCACAGUAAACCUGACAAGGAUAAAGCAGUGGUAAAACAUAAGAAUAAAAUGUAAGAAUUCUCUAACGCUUAUUCUAAGGUGUCCAUAUACUUUUAGCCAUAUAGUGUACUUCUGAUUUAUAACUAAUUUUAUUAUUGCUAUCUUGCAAUUAUAUUGUUUCAGGUUUGUUUUUAUUAAUGUUUUCUCAUCAGCAAUGUGUC